AUGUCUUUCAAGUUUGAAUCGACCAUUGCAAAUCAUCAAGCCGGCUUUCCCGGUAAUCUUGUGCUCAUAUGCGCGUUCGUCAUUGCUUUCUUGUCAUGGAAACUUUUCAAAGGCUAUCUUAAGACUGAAGGAUCCAAUGAUUUAUCUACACCAGGGCUCAAAGAGCUCAAAGGAUUCAAAGAGCCACGUCCAUAUACCACGGCAACCGUAAGCUCAGCGAGAGAGCUAGAAUUCUAUAAAAGCCUCUAUUACAAGCUUCAAAAUUUGGAGGAACACCCCGACAUAAUACCGGUGGCACGACAGGCAUUCCUAGUUUUGCUUUCGCAAGCAGUAGAAGAUUACGCCAAGGCACCGGAGACCAACAUACUCUCUGUUCAGCACUUUGACAGCGACGCGCUUUCUCGAUUUCUAAUGAAUGAUCAAGAUGAUGUCACAAGGCAAUAUCAUCAGUACAUCAGUCGCCGACGAUCGGGAGGUCCACGCGAGCUUUUUCUCAAUCGGCAGGCAGCUGAGGACUGGCUGAGGGAGAUUGCACCGCUAAAGUUGGUCGAUGGCGCCUGGCUCGGGCAUUUAAACAAGAUCACUAUGCCUUUCUCCUUGAGACACAUCGUCAAACAGACUUGGCAAGUGUUUACAGAUGAACUGGGGAAUGGGAACCCCGACCAGCAUCAUGUCAAGAUCUACGAGGACCUUUUGAGAAUAAUUGAACCGGACUUGCCCUCGGCAACAACAAAAGCUAUUCUGCAUCCUCGUUACAAGCUAGGUAGCCUUAAGUAUUGGAGAGCAGCUGUGGCACAGUUACUCGUGUCUCUCUUCCCGCACGAGUUUUUGCCUGAGAUUCUUGGGUUUAACAUGCACUUUGAAGCCCUGCAACUGGAAACAAUGCAAGCGGCGAAAGAGUUACCUGAAGUUGGCUUUGACGGGUAUUAUUUCCUGCUUCACGUCUCCAUUGAUAAUAGCCACUCGGGCCACGCUGCGAUGGCUACAGCAAGCGUUGAGGAUUACAUUCAGCACAUUUCAGAAUCCGAGGGCGAUGUGGCUGCUGAUGCAGUGUGGAAGCGUGUUCAGGCUGGAUAUAUUUUCAGCGAGUGGCAAUUUCGAAAGGGCAACCAAGCAACAAAUAUUCUUGCACGACUCGAUGAUGACUCCCACGGUCGAUUGGAGUCCAUACAGUCAAAAGUUCUUGCGAUAUUCGGCUCGAAAAUUCAAGCGGCUCAUAGGCUGCAUUGUGGCAGUCGGGUGAAAAUUGGGGAGCGCUUGCUAACCGACUGGCUGGAUCCUGAAGCGUUCUCGACCGAGCAAUGGCGACAGAAGUUUAUUGAAAGCUUGAGCACAAGUAAGCCAUGGAUAUAUCCAGGUGACAGCCAGAGGAGCAAAUUGGUUCAAGCGCUUCAAUGGGGAGGAAAGAUGUACGGUUCAUUUACGCCGAGCGAGCUUGAUACACUUGUGCUUUGGAUUGACUCCCUGGACAGCACGCACAGACCUUCCCACUACUCUUACAUCGGACAGCCGCCCAUGAGAUUAGCUUUGGAUCAUAGUGAUCAUGUUGCCCUCGCUGCUGGUAGCAGAGCCAUUGAGCCGGCCACUCUAGCCUCGUUGAGGAAGCACCUAGGAGAUCGGACAGCUCAUCUCAAUAUUGCUCAUCUCUUACCACUCUGGUUUACCCAGUGCUGCCUACUGGAAUCGUUUCUGUACGCCCCACAGAGAUCGGGCGACAAGCUCGGGUGCGCUGUGGUGGGGUUCUUGAGGGCUCAGUCCGGUUUCGAAACGGACGACCAGCCUUACUCAGCGGAAAAUGGAGGUAUCGUCGAGUUUGGCCUAGAAAUGAUUCGCCAGGCCUCCCUGCCCGUCCCUGAGAAUCUAGAUGGCAUCCUCUCAGUUUGGCCGUCUGAUUUUGCGACAACCAUGCUCAAAUUAGCUUCCAGCCCUGUUCGAAAUAUCGGUGUCUUACUAGGUAUGUCUCUAGCGUUCCUUGAACUACAGGAGAUGAUGUCGGAGUCUUCGAAUCCCGGCUUGCUUUGUCCAAAGAGCAGUGAGCGCCUUGCGACACUAGUUCGGAAGCAGUACCAAUACUUACAAAUUUGUCUUGGGGAGAUUCCCGCUGGAGAUGCGCGACGCGGAGACAUCGACCAUGGGUUCAGCAUGGCCAAAAUAGAAAUCCAUAGACUCUUCGAACACCCUACUUCUACGCCAUUCACUCCGAAUGUCAAUUGA